ACUCGCAUUCACUUCCGGUUUCUCCCGGAAGGAGGACAGAAGAAAGAGGAGGAGCAUGUUUUACAUGUUUACCUGGCGAAAAUCCAGACUUUAGCCGGGAUUGGGAGAUGUAAGACACUGUCUCACAAGAUGGGAGACUUACAGGAACUGUCUUCCAUCAAGGAAACGAUCUUACAGGCCAGGGAACAUGUGCAACAACUUGAAGACAGGCUGAAGCUCCUUGGGUUGGCCAAAACUCAGGUUGAGAGUUCUGCCCAUGAAGCCAAGUCUACAGUGGAGAAACACUUCCAAGAGCUGAAGGAGGCCAUCUGCAGUGCAAUAGAUACCAGACAGAGGGAGCUGCUGGACAGAGUAGAAGAGAUUGAGGGCGAAUCAUUGGAGCCACUCAGGGAAUGUGAAGACGUUGUGAAGAAUUCCAUCAUAGAGGAUUUAACUGUGAUAGAAGAAGGAGAAAAGCUAGUAGAAGCCAGUGAAGUUGUAGCAGCUUCGGAGUUGAAGUCAUUCUGUGACAGGAACAAUAGCAGAUCACUGAACAGCUUGCCAGAGGUGCCCCCAUUGUCAGAGGUCCCCUGUAUACUGUUGGCUGGCCUGGACCCAGCCUGUAUCACUGAACUGCCAGAGGAGAUAGGGAGUGACGGCUAUGUCCUGGCCCAUGCACCAGUGCAAAUAGAGGAACUACGGGAAAGGCCAGGAGGAGUUCUAGCAUCAUGGUAUGAGAUAGAAGACGAUGACAUUCCAGAGAAGCAGUCGCCAGCGGAGUACAGACUGCAGUACUGCUGCGGGAGGGUGGACAGGGUCACCAUGAACACGACAAAGUUCCGCGAAGCGUACCAGGGCUCAGACACCUGCUGCACUGUCAAACACCUGAAGUUAAACGUGGACUACAGUUUCAGAGUGUGCUGCAAGAUGGUCCGUGGCUGGUCUCCAUGGAGCAUUCCACAGGUUGCUAGGACAACCUUACUGCAGCAUGAGUGGGAAGUAGCCGAGGAUUCUGGGUACACCCUGGGUAACGGGAACACCACCCUGACCAGAACGUCUCCCAACGCUGCCAUCAGCGUGCUGCACUCCAGUAAGAGCAGUCUGCUGUGUGGAGACAUGGUCACCUUCAAGGUCAAUGGAACGGGAAAAACUCACCGUGGUGAUGGCCUUGGACUUGUACUAGUACAAGAGGAGGACUCCAUUCUACAGCGUAUCGGUGCAGUGUGCGUAGGUUCCACGGGCGUAGUCCACGUCAACGGCAAAGAAAUGACCAAUCAGCUUCCAGCACUCGCUAAGGGCACCACUGUGACCUUCGACACCAGUAAGGUCCCCAGCGACCCCAAGAAGUUGCGGGUGUCGAUCACGGUGGCCGACAGACAGGUCACGUGUGAAUGGGUACCCGGUGGGGACCUUGGCGAUCACUUGUAUUUCGCAGCCUGCUUCGUACAUAAGGGCUGGGAAAUCACUGUAGAAUGAUUACUAUAGAAAAUAUUGCUGGUUGCUUUGCAUUUGGAAUGCCACUAGAUAUCAAAAGUGGCCAUCUCAUUGGACUUCAGCAAUUUCCAAAAUGCAUUUGAAAGUGGUACAAACUAGUGUAAAUUGCACCAAUUUGUUUUCUGAAAGUGCUAUUUUUUUUUAAAUCUCUAAAAAUGUGCAUUUGGCAAAGUGGCAAUACUGUAAUUUUCAAUAAAGUUAUCUUUUCAAUAAAGUUAUCUAGUUAUAUUGAAAAUGUGACAUUCCUGGAUGCAGCCAUUUUCUUGGCUCAUGUGGCCAUCAUACAGAAAUACAUCGGGCAUCAGUGUGAUCGUAUUAAGGAAAUUUCGCGCAAAUUCCCAAAGUUGACGCAAUUUCCUAACGCAAUUUGGCAUAGCCCAAUGAGACAACCGCUUUACUUCCAACAAAUUUUGGAGGGCAAAUAUCUCUAUAGUCAUCAAUGCUAUAGUUUAAGGUAGAUGCUGCAAUGUAAAGUGAAAUAUCCUGUUUGAAAUGACUGUGAAACUUCAGUGUAAUAAGCAAGGAAUUGUACAACUUCCAAUAUUGUGCACCAGCAGUUUUAUUCAAAAUUUCCAAAUCCGAAGUAACCAGUGUUAUGAAGUGCUAGUUCACUGUUAUUUGCGUGGUAACCUAUAUCCGUUGUUCUAAAAACAGUGUAUAUGGGGUUAUCUAUUGAUAGACUGACAGUGGUUCCAAACUGCAUUAUUUUGAUUUCUAAC